AUGGUGAACAGUGAGCCAGUGUAUGGAGUUCACGACUUGCGGCAGGGAUCGCCGGUUGCUCCCAAGGACAUAUCGGUCGACUUCGUGAGUAUUCACGGCUUGGGUGGCCACGCUUUCAAAACCUGGACGCACUCGCAAACAGGUACAUUCUGGAUUCGUGAUCUGCUCCCAGACAGGCUCCCCCAAGUGCGUACUCUGGCCUUUGGGUUCAACGCCAAAAAGACGAGUAACAAUGCCGAGUUGGAUUUCGAAGAUGUUGCAACGCAGCUUAUUGCGGGACUGAACAGUCACCGCACACACGAAGAGGCCGUUACUCUGCCCACCCCAGAGGCAAAACUCAUUGCGAGCUGUGCAAAGGGGUUCGUCUUCUUUGCAACGCCACAUUGCGGGAGCCAUCUCGCAGACUUCGUCUCCAUCUUCGAAGUCUUUUCGAAGAUAAUUGUGGAUCCGCCGAAUAACUUUAUUCGCGAUCUGUGCACGUCUUCGCCAAAGCUCUUGGAGCUCGACUCAGACUUCAAAAGCUUUGUUCGGGAGAAAUCCAUCCCAUGCACCAGCUUUUAUGAAGGGGAGAGGACAAGACGAAAUAGACUAUUCCGAGGCACCAAGAUUGUGGAGAAAGCGUCAGCUCAGCUUUUCAUCGAGAACGAGGAAGCAAUCUGCUUGAACGGUGAUCAUAUAAACCUCGUCAAGUUCAGAAAUUCCAGCGAUGAGAGAUUCCGAUUAGUCUUUGACAGCCUCAAGAAACUUGUGGACAAAAUUAGAAAUGCCCCAAAGCCGAAGAGAAUGAAGGAACACAACCAUAUAUUCGUUCCUUUUCGGCCAGGCAGGUAUUUUAUUGGCCGCCACGAUGAACUGGCAAGUCUUCACAAUUGGCUGGGAGAUGAGGACAACUACGUGCCCCAGGCGGUGGCCCUGCACGGGGUUGGAGGAGUUGGUAAGACGCAGUUGGCCAUCAAAUAUGCUGUAGACCAUUCUCACCUGUAUGAGUGGGUGUUUUUCGCCAACGCUGCAUCUGCUGAAGUCUUACGCAACGACUUCAGACAAAUGCAGCAUCGAGUUUGCGAGUCCGUGGACAAGGACGAAAACUUUGUUGAGAAAAUUUUGGCUUGGUUGACGUCUCAGGAAGAUCGGUGGCUACUCAUUCUCGACAACGCUAAUCAUUUACAAGACGUAUCGCCAUACCUCUCUCGUCUCGCCCACAGGGGUCACAUCAUCGUCACAACCCAAGACUCACGUGUUGAUGAGAAUGAAUUUAUUCGGGCAGCAUUGCAUGUCCGGUCUCUAACUCCCGAAGCCUCCCAAGAGCUUCUCUUUGCUCGAUCAGGACUGGAUCCUUCCAACGAGGGGGAAGCCGAAGCAGCCAAGACACUUUUAGCAGAAAUUGGACAUUUACCAUUGGCAAUAGAUUCGGCGGGAGCAUAUAUGAGCGUUCGGCGAAAAAGUGUCACUGAAUAUGCCUCUCUGUUUCAUGAAUACCAAAAAGAACUGUUGGACCAACCUCGGCCGUUUUCGAACUAUGAACGUUCUGUCAGCGGUGCGCUGGAGCUCAACUUCAAAGAAAUUGAUACUCGACCAGAUGCCUCCGCUCUACUCAGCUUGCUCAUCUUCUUGAACAGAGCCGAGGUCACCGAAGCGUUUCUAAAAAGAGGCGUAACAAGUCAGCUGAGCUGGGGUUCCAAUGGCGAAGCAAUGACAGUUACACCUCAGGAGAAUUAUGUUCCAGAGGCACUAAUCAAAUUGAUCAACAAUCCGAUCAGGCUUUGGGAUGCUCUCGAGGAUUUAAUGUCUCUGUCCAUUAUUACUUUUGGAUCUGCUGAAGACGGGGCCGGUAGCUCCUUCACGCUGCAUCCUCUGUAUCACAAAUGUGCCAAGCAUCGCAUGUCUCGGGACCUACGCCGCAAGCAUUGUGCAGAGGCACUUUUGUUCCUGGCACAUGCUUUCCCAGCGGAUGAGUAUAUUCUGGAGAAGAGAGACGGCGUGUUGACGAGAGCAUACAUUCCACAUAUUAUCUACGCAUACGAAUCAUUCAAGCACCCUGACAAUGAUCUGUCCAUUGACUUUUUGGACUCCUUUGCCUCACCGCAGUCUGUUCAACAAGUCGCCGGGCGACUGCGACCUCGCGAGGUUGUUGCCAAACUUGUUCUUGAUGGUGACUUGACGUACGGGCAAGGUGAACCAAAGAAGAAUGCGUACCUUCUCGCUUGGAUAGACGAACUUCUAAAGGAUUCGACACACUUGGGCCUCAAAGCCCGAGCUUUGUCAGUUCGUCUCGUCAUUACCUACUAUGAAAACGGAAAUUACGCUGGUGGCAUCAGAGAGUGCGAGAAGUUCCUCGAUUCUGUCAAGCAAGCACAACAAUCUAACCAGACCACCAUCGACGAAUUGACCAACGCGGAGAUAGGGAUCAUCCAUUCUACUCUGGCAGAACUCCUAGUCACAGAAGUUGGUUCUGGAUCAGAACAGUUCGUGCGGAGCAAGGCACUCUUGAAAUCUUGGUCUCCGCUCAAACCGGAAGCACCGAGCCGCAAGGAAACAUUCGCUCUCGGAGCACAAGCCCGCAUUCUCGGCAAAGUGCUCAAAGAUCAUGGUGAAUGGGCCGAAUCCGAGACCCAGUUCAAAGUGUACCUCGACAAGUAUGCCGCCAAGGGCACGCAGCCGGAGGGUUGGUCCGCCGGCGACCUUGCACAUACACUCAUGGAGCAAGAUCGUGCUGCGGAAGCGGAAGAAAUCCUUCGCACAUACCUAGCAGCCCGGCCAGUGUACCAAUCGAUGGAGACGAGGACCCCAAAUCGCCGCAGUGACACCAUGUAUCUAGAAAUGCUCCUCGGCGAAAGCCUUAUGUUGCAGGAAAAAUACGCCGAAAGCGAAGCCCUCAUGCAACAGCUGCUGGAGCACUUCUUCAGUUUUGGAAACUUGUGGCACUUUGAAAAGUUCCGUGUGGCAUUCGUCAUGACGGUCCUCGCGCGUAUUCAUCAUUUGAGGGGCGACUAUUAUCCGGCCAUUAUGUACUGGAACCAGAUGAUUGAUUAUUGUGCGAACAAGAUGGACGUGGACGAACAAAAGGGGAAGUGGGAUCGUCAGUCGUUUAUGCCUUUGAUUGCGGAACUCAGUCUCUCGGAUUGUUACUUCGAGUUGGGGAAAGCCGAGAUAGGUCGGCAGCGGCAAGCUCACUCACUGCUUCUCUUGGAGAAGACGGACGGACAGUCGUGGAUCCUUGGACUGGGGACGUAUUGGCUUAACGAGUUGAUGACGAAGGCUAGGAAGUGGGCGGCCGCAGGGGUUUAUGAGCUUGAUGCAAAGUUAAGUUACCAAUCUAGCGUCACUGAGCUGCCACAAGAAGCGGCCUAA